AUGGAGAAUCUUUAUGGGAUGAAGUUGAUUGACACUAGGAAUGGAAAAUAUGCUGAUCGGUUACUGUUUCCACCCUACAGAGAAAGACUUAUUAUUUUAUCUUUCGUUGAAGGAUCAGAACAUAGAGUGGUUUAUGUGUUUGCGAAGUUGAAGAAGAUGAGCAGCCAGCGGAUUAAACGCAUGGUGGCAUCCGGGAAGGGUACGUGGAGAGGUUCCGAUAGGGCGAGUCCUGUAUUGGAUCCACAGAAGAAGAAUACUAUAAUCGGAUGGAAGAGAAACUUUGUUUACGAGAUCACAAAGACAAGGGCCAAACUCGGAUACAACAUGACUGAGUAUAGCCUUCCCGACUCUACAUUGAACACUGGAAGAGUUUUGUUCAAAGACUACAAGAUCAUUAUCAUUUAUGAAGCUGCUCCGUCGCUACUAUACAAGCAGAUUGCAUUGGGUGUCCAUGUUGUCCAGUUUGAAGGAUGUCCAUAUCAACAACACAUGAGCAUGGCAGUGAACCCUGAAUUUGGUGCAUUAUAUUUUGGACAAGAUGGGUCUGUAGAAUUUCAGGUGCCAAAUAGUAUCAUGGCUACCUUAGCAGUAGAUGAUAGUGAAGGUAUUCCCCAGCAGGCAAUCAACAACAAGCCGAGCCCUUCAGUGGCCCAACUUGAAGAAUAUCAGUAUGAGGAAUACAUGAGUCGUAAUAAUAACAUGGGGACAACACCAGUUGCGCAACGUGGAUCCAUCACAAAUGCAUCAGUGGCACCCGAAUCAGGUGCUGGUGCUUUAUAUUGUGGUAGAAGAACUGGAUUUGAAUGCCAAAUACAAAGUAAUGUCAUGCCUUGUGCAGCAGAGUCUCCAAUAUCAGAAGAAUGCUGCUUGCCUGCUCUGGAAACAUGGGAUUACACUGACCUAUUUAUGCUGGAUAAUACAAAUUGGGAUGGUAUCGCUAGGGAAUUCCUUGCUGAGCUGCUGCAUGGUGAUCAGGAAGAGUUGUCGAAUGGUGAUCAGGAAGAGGCUUUACAAGAGGGUGCAAUUUCCAUGAUAUCGCCGAACCCAUCUGGUGUCCAGAAUCUAACUAACCGUGGAUAUUAG